AUUCAAGAGAGGAAACUCUCUUGAAUGUUGCAAAAUAGAAGUAUUUUCCCAUUUUCUGAGAAAUAUUCAACCCAUAGCAAGACAAACCUGGAGAUAACAACAUACCCUUUGGUUGCCCAUAACCCACUAAUCUACACAUAAAUGCAAUUUUGAUAGUCAUAUCCCAGACAAGUGAGUGUUUCUCUAGUACUUCCAAGAAGUGGGAAGCCAUCUGAGAGAGCUUUUUAGAAGGAGCAAAGGACUGUCCAAAGACUGAAGUUUGGUGUGAGGUUAGAGGAUGUGGGUAGAGGCUCCUGUUCCUGCAGUGAAGCCUUUUCCUCUGCUUGGGUUUCCAGUGCUGACUGGGGGGCCACUCAGCGGGACCUACAGGCUGCGCCAGAUUCACUUCCAUUGGGGGUCCAAUGAUGAAGCCGGCUCUGAGCACGCGGUGGAUGGGAUGAAGUAUGCGGCAGAGCUUCAUGUGGUCCAUUGGAAUGCAGAGAAGUAUUCCAGCUUUGUUGAGGCAGCUCGUCAGUCAGAUGGAUUAGCAGUCAUGGCUGUAUUUCUGAAGAUUGGUGAAUGCAACCCUCAGCUGAAGAAGAUUACUGACCGCUUGGACACCAUCAGAAUCAAGGGUAAAAAAGCACUAUUCACAAACUUUGAUCCUAGCUGUCUGCUUCCCAAGUCCCUGGACUACUGGACUUACUUUGGCUCUCUUACCGUUCCACCUCUUCUUGAGAGUGUCAUCUGGAUUGUUCUGAGAGAACCCAUAAGUGUUUGUUCUGAACAGCUGGCCAAAUUCCGCAGCCUCCUGAGCACUGCUGAGGACGAGGUUGCCUGCUGCUUGCUGAGAAACUACCGGCCUCCCCAGCCUCUAAGAGGACGAGAAGUCAGAAGGAAUUAAAGGAGUAAAGCCAGAGUAGUCUCCCUCUGAAACCAAAGGCUGAAUUAAUUUUAAUAGUUAAUAUACUUUGUGAUUUUUAAUUUUUUUUUCUUGAGUUGUUGUAACAAAUAGGUGUUGUUUUUUUACUGGUUAUCAUGCAGUCAUUUCACACAGACAAGUAUGUCCUGCCUGAGCUGUUGCAGGUUCAUUGACAUUAACAGGUCUGACUGUUUGAGUGCAUUGGUUUGGGAGCACAGAGGUCACUGCUAAUCAUAAGGGUCAGAUGUGGUAAAGGAGUUGCCCAGAAUUUCCCACCAAAUUAUUAAACAGGAUGCCUGGGAUUAUUGGCAGUAUAGGAUGUUCUGGGUUUAUUCUUCUGGUCUCUAACAUAACAUUUAGCUUCUAUAUAGGACUUCACAAUGUAAUUCUCAAGGAAAAACUAUUUCAAUGAUAUUAUUUCACUUUUCAACAAAAAGCAGUAAUGACUAACAGCAUUUAAGUAAAACAGAUGUUUAUAUGAUCCUGUUGUUCUGGCUGCUUCAUAGCGGGAAUCAUGUACUGAUUGAUGUUUUUUUUUAAAAAGCAAAGAGUAAGGAUUUUGUGUAUUACCUGAUCGUGUCAGGUGGAUUAGGUAUUCCUGAAUUUCAUAAUGUGUAGUGAUGAAAUUGUCCUGAAACCUGAAAACUGCAAGGUAGAAAGGCAUAGAGGGAAUUGUUUGGGUCUAAAUGUAGUCUGUUGCAUUUGGUGAACAAUAAGGGACUAACUAUAACACUAUAUCCAUGUAGCAUCAGACUUUUACCACUUAAAAUCAGAAGGCAGGGGUGGCUGUUGCUCCAGACUCUUUCAUGCUAGACACUGCAGUGUGAUCCACAUGGUGCAUACCUCACACUAUGCAGUGGAGCACAGAACUGCUCAGGUCUGUAAUGUCUCAAGGUACUGGCUGUCAUAGUUGAACUUUGGUGGUUGCACUUAUAUGGUAAAGAGAAGACCAAAGAGAACAUUCAGAGAAAGCCAAAGAAAUUGGAAUCAAGUCAAUGUCUAAUAAAAAGCUCAGCCCUCAAUAGCAAUAUGUUGAAAUGUCCGUCUUUAUGAAUUGACUUGAGCCUGAGUUUCUCUCAGGAGCUUUUGUUAGCUGAAUAUAAUUGUUUGUUUUAUGCCAAAUUUAUUUUUAUUCUUUUUAAUGAACUUGCCAUAGGAUGUAGCUUAGGAUAGAAUUAGAUUUACUCUCAAACUGUGAGAACUACAUAGUUACCAGUGAUACCUGGAAGAGGCAGCUAGAGGUUUCAUGGGUAGCAACUACCAUCAAUCUCUGUAGUACUCCUGACCAACUCAUCUUCUAUGAAUUAAUUUUUUAUAGGCUCUACCUUU